UUGCCAAACCCCUGCUUUCGGGUGAGAGGGAAAGAGCGGAGGGGGGCUGGAAAGAGGAUCCCCCUUUCAAUUCGCCAGCCUCUCUGAGACAGGCUUCGCCAGAGCUGAGCUUCUGAUGAAGUAAUUGGAGGACGCUGUCCCCAUGAAGCUGGAAAAUCAAGGGAAGUUUGCAAUGUAGUCACAAAGGAGGCCCAUGAAGCCAUCUCGAGCUAGUCUUCUGUGUGCUUUGAGGAGCUUUCCUGUGAAAUCUGUAAACAGAUCUUUCUGAAAAACGCUUCGAACUUUGGUUCUGAGGAAAAUUUCCCAUCUAGGGAAGUGUUAGCCAAGGCCUGCUGAGAGCAGGAAGGCACUAGGAUACAGGACGUGGCCAGGCUCUGCGCCAUUUCUCCUACAAAGUCUCCUGGAGAAAAUGCUGCCAGGAUCUAUCUUGUGUCUUUUCUUGGCUAUCCUGAGUCUCCCAAGAAACUCUGGUACGCUGUCCUGCAUUUGUGAGAAUCAAGGGUGUGCUGACAAAAUGUGCUCAGGAGAGGCAUGUUUUGCAAGUAAAUACCUGGAGCAAGGGACUAUCAUCACCCGGAAAGGAUGCAUAGACCCCACCUCUCUGAACUGUAGGGGUGACAUCACUGAAAACUAUGGCACAAAAUGCUGCUCGUCCGAACUGUGCAAUAAGAAUCUCGACAUCCGGCUGUCAGUGAAAGAGCAGCCUCAAGAGGCCCAAUCCCACCAGAAGCUUCUGCUGCUGAUCCUGGUUCCGCUGUUUGGCAGUUUGAUCCUUGCCGUAUUGGUUGGGCUCUUUGUGUGGAAAGUGGUCCAGAGCCGCCGGAGACAAAUGCUGCUUGAGUCAGAUGACUGGAGGGACCUGGAGGACUCCAUGCUAAAGGCAUCUGUAAUGGGGGACAGUACCUUGGAGGGCUGGAUGAAUGAUGACUGCACCACUGGUAGUGGCUCUGGACUUCCCUUCCUAGUCCAAAGAACUGUGGCUCGGCAGAUUACCCUGGUUGAAUGCGUAGGCAAAGGGCGCUAUGGGGAGGUGUGGCGUGGUACUUGGCAUGGGGAGAACGUGGCUGUCAAGAUCUUCUCUUCCCGGGAUGAACAGUCAUGGUUCCGUGAGACAGAGAUCUACAACACGGUGCUGCUGAGGCACGACAACAUCUUAGGCUUCAUUGCCUCUGACAUGACAUCGAGGAACUCGAGCACACAGCUGUGGCUGAUCACCCACUACCAUGAGCACGGCUCCCUCUACGACUACCUGCAGUGCACCAUUCUGGAUGUGGAGACCUGCCUGCGCUUGGCUUCCUCCAUCAUCUGUGGGCUUGUUCAUCUGCAUGUGGAGAUUUUUGGCACGCAGGGCAAGCCGGCCAUCGCUCAUCGUGACCUGAAGAGCCGAAACAUCCUGGUCAAGAAAAACAUCCAGUGCUGCAUUGCUGACCUGGGUCUGGCAGUCAUGCAUUCCCAGAGCAAUGACUACUUGGAUAUUGGGAACAACCCACGAGUAGGCACCAAAAGAUACAUGGCCCCUGAAGUUUUAGAUGAACAGAUCCGUAUGGACUGCUUUGAAUCUUUCAAGCAGACAGACAUCUGGGCCUAUGGCUUGGUCCUGUGGGAGAUAGCCCGGAGAACGGUUGUUAACGGGAUUGUUGAAGAUUACAAACCUCCUUUCUUUGACAUGGUGCCAAUUGACCCCAGCUUUGAAGAAAUGAAGAAAGUGGUUUGUGUUGACCAACAGACACCCACCAUUCCAAAUCGAUUGUACUCUGACCCGACUUUGUCUGCCCUGGCCAAGAUCAUGAAGGAAUGCUGGUACCAGAGCCCCUCGGCCAGACUCACAGCUUUGAGGAUUAAAAAGACACUGAAAAAGCUCAGCGACUCCUUCGACAAACCCAAACAACACUUCUAACUGCAGGCACCGGCUCUGGGGCCAGAGAUCAGAUUUCUGACUCAUUGGCUCAGCAAAAAGUUCAAGGUCACCCCUUCUCUUUCCAGUGCAGGUCCUGGCCUCUGUCAGUGGUUACAGUGAACCAUAUUUGAAAUCUAGCCAAGAAAAUUUGGGCUAGAGCCCCCAUGGCAGCGAGUAAUCCUUUGAAGGGGGAAAAAAUAUCACAGAACAGAUGAUAGCCAUGUAUUUUGCUUCAGGCAUCUUUAAUUUGUUUUCUUUAACAACAAAAGCGAGGGGGGGGGAACCACCCACUUCUCCCAGCACAUACAUUCAUAUAAAUACCCUCUGGAUCUGUAACCUGACGCCAGCCCGUCUCGCCACCAACGCCUGCAAAAUGGGAGGGAUUCUACUUGGGAAAAGCACAGCCGCUCUGCCCGAAGGGCUGCUUCCUUAGAAACAGCAAUUAAAGGCCAUUCAUAAGCCAGCAUUUAAAUUGAGCGUGUAGGAUUUGUGUGCAUCUGUGUGUGCACACACCUAGGCACAAAGGAGACGGCAAGAGAACAAAUGCAAAGGCCCGUGCGCUUCCAAGGGGAGAUGUGAUUUACAUGCACACAUAUUCAAGGGCCAUGUUUGGGUUUGGUAUGCACAUGCUAGCUAUAGCAGGUUCCACAAGAGUGUACAUAGUCAACACAGUCAAGCGUCGAGAAAGACAGAAGCAGGCUUGUAUGGGGAAAGUGUGUCCUGUGUGCAAGAGGGACCAUGUGGAGAGGUAUGUCUGUUUACAUGUGGGUGUGACCUCCCCCCUCACAUAUCCCACAAAACCAUCCUGGGGCUGUGAAGGGUUCAAGGAAGCUAGCUCGAUGGUAUGAUGCAGUUUGCACGAACAGAUAAGCCAUUCAAUGGGGUAGGUCAGAACUGAGAGGAAUGUCCCUCGCGGUUGAGCAGGCACUAGAGUGACUCCCCCUGAAAAUGCUGUUGCAAGAGGCAAUUAGGGUGAUUAGCAAAGGUGAUCCCAUUUCCUGCUUGGCUUGAUAGGUGCAUCUUUGGUCAUCAAUAGCUUCUUUGUGACAUGGAGGUGAAUAGGUAGGUGGAAUAACUGCUGGCAUCCAUUUCUGAACUUUUCCACAUUUUGCCAUCCUUUCUAAGACUGGAUAAGCCCGUGAGCACCAUGUUCUCCAGGGCCUGUCCGUUCUCCAGACUAGAGAAAAAUGGCCAGAAAAUAUUCCUGUAUGGAACAGACCUAAGAAACAUCCAGUCCCUCUGCACAUAACAUGUGCCACUGUGUUUUGCUUUCUUUCACCAUGGUUAAGCAUUAUAGCUGAAUUCUUGAACCAUGGUUAAAGAUCGGCCAAGAUGUAAAACUUUGGUACUUAGCAGGUUUGCAAGACUGGUUUGCAUUACUUCUGUACCAUGCAAAUCACAAAUAAGGCCUUUUUCUCCUGCCUUUUUUGCCUCUUUGCUUGCUGUUGUUCUCUUAUACAUACCAGACAGUGUCUUAAGUUGACAAGCUCAACCAUGGUUGCCCUGUAUGUCUGGGAUCAACUAGAGUUUAAGAAACUACCAUGAUUAAAUAUCAUCUGUUUGGGACUUCAGUCGUGCUGUUAUAGGGCAGCCCUUUUUUACGUGACUUGAGCCUGUUUGGGGCAAACAUACAUACAUAGCACCCCUAAACAUCUGUUCCUGAGCCUUGUGGAGAGAUUUUUUCAUUUUUGAUAAUGAGCUGAAGUAAAUCACAAUCCCAAAGAAGAGAUAGUUCAAAUGUUAAGCCCAGGGCUUUUUUCUGGGAAAAGAGGUGGUGGAACUCAGUGGUGGAACUCAGGACCGCACAAUGACAUCACUUUGGGCCAGCGGGAACAAGGAGGAAGUUUUUUAAAGUUUAAAUCACCCUUGGUGAAGAUGGUCA